AGAAACUAAAUACAGACAUUGAAGCACUUAACUUUCAGAAUAUAAUAGAUCUUAAGGAAUAUAUUAACUACUUGGAAAAAGGCAUAUACAUAAUUGAUGAAGAUGAUAAUACAGAAAUGCGUUUAAUUACUCACCAUGAAGCACUAAAUACAAUAGAGCUAAUUAAGCAAUAUAUUAUACAACAAGAUUUUAAUAAUAAAACUUUAUUAAAAUUACAAAGAGAAGUAAAAAAAUUUCAAAAUGCAGCUUUUAAACAAACGAAUAUUGAAACUUACUUUACACCAGAAAUUUGA